GUUGUUGUUCUCGGUGACGCGACGGAGGUGUAGCCUGACGCGGUCUCUUACGUGUCGGUCUGAAUAAAAGUGGAGCUCCGUAGACCCGGGAGUGACGAAGCGAGUCUGUGUUGAUUUUUAAAUGACAAUGGAGGCUGGUGCAGACACACAGCAAAGUGGUGAAAUAGUUGUCUCGGAGUCUGAGGCACAGCACAUCACCCUGACCCAGGCCUCCAUAGCAGCAGGCCAGCUGACCACAAGUGGUUCCACUGUCACCCUAGUGCAGUUACCUAAUGGUCAGACAGUCCAAGUGCACGGGGUGAUCCAAGCUGCUCAGCCCUCUGUUAUCCAGUCCCCACAAGUCCAGACAGUACAGAUUUCAACUAUUGCUGAGAGUGAGGACUCUCAGGAGUCGGUAGACAGUGUGACAGAUUGUCAGAAGAGGCGAGAGAUCCUGUCCAGACGACCCUCUUAUAGGAAGAUCCUGAACGACUUAUCGUCGGACGUUCCGGCGGUGCCUCGAAUUGAGGAAGAAAAGUCAGAAGACGACGCCCCUGCCAUCACCACAGUCACCAUGCCCACUCCCAUCUAUCAGACCAGUAGUGGCCAGUACAUUGCCAUUACCCAGGGUGGGGCCAUCCAGCUAGCCAAUAACGGCACAGAUGGAAUGCAGGGCCUGCAGACACUGACCAUGGCCAACGCGGGCCAGGGUGGUGCCACCAUCCUGCAGUAUGCCCAGACCACCGACGGCCAGCAGAUCCUCGUGCCCAGCAACCAAGUGGUCGUACAAGCCGCCUCUGGUGAUGUCCAGGCCUAUCAGAUCCGUACAGCCCCCACCAGCGCCAUCACUCCUGGGGUGGUCAUGGCCACUUCGCCCGCACUGGGCUCCGGAGGAGGCACCGAGGAAGUCACACGCAAAAGGGAGGUCCGACUUAUGAAAAACAGGGAGGCAGCCCGCGAGUGUCGCAGGAAGAAGAAGGAGUACGUCAAGUGUCUGGAGAACCGCGUGGCCGUGCUGGAGAACCAGAACAAAACCCUCAUCGAGGAACUCAAAGCCCUCAAAGACUUGUACUGCCACAAAUCUGAGUAGAAAGGAUACCAAACUCCUGCCGGGGGCUCUGUCCCCAUGUACAGAGACUCAGCACAGAGCCAUGCAUCUGGAUGCCACUCCCCCCUUUUCUACUCUUUGGCUUUCUUUUUAAAAACUGCUGAAAAAUCUGUAAAAGUGACUCACCAGGAAUAGAAAGAAAAACCUCCCACUUCAGCGGUUAUGAAAUGGUAAUUCUGUUCCCCAUGAAAGGGUGACGCAAUGCUCAGAACGGAUGUGGAGGACACCACAACCAUACAGGGUCCUUGUGGUGAAAUGAUGGAACAGACCGUGAGGCUGCGCUGUUUCGUCUUUUCGACGCCACCAAAGGGAAGUGCUCCAGUCGCUGGUGCCCGGAACAACUGGGCAACAUCACCAGCAACGGUGAACUGCUCGAUCUCCAUCACCGAUAAGGACGGAACUUUUUACCGUUUAAUCUCCCCGAGACACUUGGAUCAUCUGGAGAGGUUUCCUCUGUGUGCAGCGUUUGUAGUUGUACUAUUGCAUUAACAUCUGUUACUUACUAAUGCUUUGAACUGUAGAUGGGCUGUGUCAUGGACAUUUAAUCUUUUAGCUGUGUUUUGUUUUAUUACGUAUUGGAUUAUCUGCUUGCAUAAUGCCAUUGACCUUUUUUUUUUUUUUUUUGUUUCUUUAUUUUACUUUGCCUUGAUACGACCUGGACAAACGAACAACAAAGCGUACCAUGAUGUUGAGUUGUAACUGUGUUUUCAUGUUAAAUGCAGCUUUAAAGAUACAUGACAAAGUCAUAAUCUCUCAAGUGAAACAUUUAUGUCACAACAUGUUCUGAGUAAUGUUACUAAGGCUCAUUGGUUUUGAUUUCCACCCGUUUGAACACAUUUAAACUGGGAUUUUGAUCACCUGAGCUGUUUACCGGUUUAACAGUAAACAGCUCUGGGCUGAACCGGAUAGUUUGAAGCUUCAUUCAUAACAUCUGUUCAUUCUGUUUAAACCUGGUCUAUUUGCACAGCUGCAGAUAAAGAUUGCGACACUACUAAUAUCAGUAUUCUAUUAAGUUCCAGUGGUGGACUGUGAUCGAAACAUUUCACUAAAUAUUCUUCUACAAUCUAUUUGUAGGCAUUUAGCAACAGAAGCUUCAAAUGGAAAAACUAAACAUUCGGUACAGCAAAUGAAACAUUUGAUUAUAAGCAAACAAAAUUGUGCUCAUGCAUCAGACUAUGGAAACAAAAAUGGUUAAGCUACAGAGUUUGUGUAAAAAAAAAAAAAAUAUUUUCACUCACAUUUUUGUAUUAUGGAUUUUUAAAAUCCAUUUUUUUAAAUAAAUCUGAUUCAUUCCUGUAUUCUUUUUGAAUGAAGAACAAAAAUAAUGAGCCUUACAUGUUUGGCAAUGAAAGAAAUACUUUGUCUCCAUAUUUUUUGGCAGAUUUUGGAGACGCACGGCCCCGUCACUGGAAUCAUGGUAUUUUGGUGAACGGAACGUCAACACAGUUCCUGCAGUUUUGUAUUCUGAGGUAUCAGGAUAUGUAGUGGAGUCUCCAAAUUCCGUUUAUAGGAUUACAAAGUUCCAUGCGCACUUUCCUUGCACACACAAUCCUACCACACCGCACACGGUUUAAAGAUCUCAUGCACCACAUAGAGGCAACGCCUGCUGUUACAAGGUGCCUCUAAGAUUUUACUUUUCAACGGUAUUGGUGUCAAAUCUCACCAAGUACAACUCGGUUGUGACCAAAUCAAAAAAGACUUCACAGUGAGCAAAACUAUCUUCAUCAUAGUGGAAUGCCAUGUAUUGUUUUUAGGGAUUCUAUAUAUAGUCAUGACAGUAUGCUUUUUUUUUUUUUUUUUUUUUUUAUGUUGCUUUUCAUUAAUUUUGUAUUCACAAUUUCUAAAUGUCAGCACCAACUUGUACAGUGCAUUGGGUUAGAGCUAUUCAAAUAUUACAUUUUUGGCAGCUGUUAAUAAAUGUGUUUCUGGUAAUCUUU